CUCAGACAGGACCACAGCAGACAGAGCAAUGUCUCGACCAAUGUUAACCGUGUUUUUAUUACUUUCAUGCCUCUGUAGUUUGUUUGAGGCAAACCCAGAACAUUCACCGAGGAUGAAAUUCUCACAUGAAGAUGCUUCAGUGAAGAGGAUUCAUUUACCUGUGCACCUAACACCUGUGCAGAUUCUUCUGGAAGGAGAGUCAGACACUGUCAUCACUGCCAUACAAAACAACCUGAUUUCAGUCUCCUUUCAAAAUCCUUUGCAGGCUCCAGUGCAAAGAAAUCUGUUGUGGGAAGAUUGUAUUGACAGUGAAGCUUCACCAACGGACUGCAGCUAUAACAUCACUCUGGUGCACAAGAGGAAAGGAACAAACCUGGUGUUUGUCUGCGGUAUAAACAGCAGAGAAACGUUGUGCUGUGAUGUGGAUUUGUCACAGCAGUCUCCGAAGUGUGUUGUCUCUGAUGAAACACAGAGCAUACAAGGAAGCAUCAGGAAAUUUAGUGUGAAAGAAGGUGAACCAUCUGUGCUUGUGGAAUCAGACAGAAAUACAGACCUGUACACAACAUACUCUGGAUCUCAGGAGAUUGUAGGGAUCUACAAGUUUGGAGCAAACAGAGUUGGACCAGCGAACCAAAACAAAGAGCAGCACUAUGUGGGUUUGGUGGUCAGCAGACAAAAAGAAGAUCCUUUACAGGACAAAGUUUUCGCCUUUUAUAAGGAGAAAAACAGAGACACAGCCCUGUACAGUGGGAUGUGGCUACCCUUUGUCACCCAGGUUUGCAUGGCAGACAAGGGUGGUCCGAAGAAACACAUGCAGUUCAGCUGGACGUCCCAGAUGAACGCCAGGCUCUUCUGUGGAGAUCCGGCCAGCAAACAGCACUACUCUGAGCUGGUCCAUGUGGCUGCUGUGCAUGAAGAGCGCUGGCAGGAUACCCGCGUUUACGCGCUCUUCAGGAACGAAUGGGGGAUGAGUGCUGUGUGUGUCUAUACAAUCAAGAACUUCCAUGAUGUCUUUGCAAACUCCCCAUUUAAAGGCGGCAGCAGCCAUAGCAGCAGACCAAGAGUGUGUGUUCCUGACAGCACCAAGACUCAUUUGGACAUCCUGCAGAUGAUCGAGGAGAAUUCAGAGAUGGAGGACUGGGUUCAACCUCUCAACAACGCUGGUCCAAUCCUCGUCAAUCAUCAUAAAUACACUCACAUCUAUGUGGAUGGCCUACUGAGCAAGAGGAACAGACACCACCCUGUCCUGUUUCUGUCUCUAUAUAAUGGACCUAUUCAUAAGGCGGUGCAGAAUGAAAACCAGACUAUUUUGAUUGCUGAAUAUCAACUGUUCAACCACAGCACCCACGUUCAGAACAUGAUCCUGAACCCCAUCACUAAAAAGCUUUAUGCAAACUCCAGAAGUGAUUUGGUCCAGGUGGAUGUGGCAAAAUGUGCUCAGUAUGGAGACCACUGUCAGGACUGUGUGUUAGCCAGAGAUCCGUACUGCAGCUGGAAUGAGAUCCAGUGCAUCCUAGAGACACCUGACGGGAGUGGCACAGUGCAGGAUGUGGCCCAUGGGAAACACGCGAUCUGUCCAACUCCAUCAACUUCAUCAAAGGAGCACUAUCUUGGACUUGCCCAGUCAGAUGAAGUCAAGGAUCCUGGCAGCAUUGACGUUCCCUCCCAGUCCAAGUAUUUCCUGGAGUGUCCUGUGUCAUCACGUCAUGCAAAGUACACUUGGUCACACCCCGGUGGCUCUACGCCAUGCAGCCUGAAGGAGCAGCAGUGUCUCCAUCUGAUCGACAGCAUGGCCCUGGAUCAGGAGGGGGUCUACAAAUGUGAGUCAGUGGAGAAGGGAUACAGCAAGGUGGUGGCAGAGUAUCGACUCAACCUGAAGAGCAGAGCAGCAACACAUUCAGCAGGAUUACUGGUCUGGGUCUGUCUAAUGGUCGUCCUCUUAGCCCUGAAUAAAUGAUUUAAAUACAGGGAUCACUUCAGAUAAUAUUGACUUGCUCUAGACCAUCUCUGUGCUCCAGUUCUGUUGGGACAUGUUUCAAUGAGCCACUUUGGAAAAAAAUGCCACAUUUUCAUGCCAAUCAACUUCAUUUCUAAAAGCAUCUAGUUUAAGAGGAAAGAGGCACUAACAGCCACACAGACGAAUCUGCUAGAAAAUUUCACAAACUUUCAUUAGAAAUUUUAGUGAAUGUUUUGGACAUUAUGAGGAAAUUAUUAUCUGUAAUUUUUUGAGAAUAUAUAAAGAAAUUUGGGGGGCAUUACUUGAAAAUAGCAUAGCAUGGUAAAACUCACAAUUGUUUUUUUCUUAGUUACCAAGCCUGCACCGUUCAGGUAGAAAGCCUUUUUAAAAAACAGAGAUACUCUGUAAUACUAACAGUAUUAUAUUUAUAAGUUCAGUCAUCAAAUUAAACCCUGAGUAAGUUUCCGUUUCCUCUAAAGCAUAUCAUCUUUAUGACAAAACAGAGCUCUGCUUGCAUUAGAGCACAGCUCUGCACAGAGUGAAGAUGCAAGUCGCUUCUCUUAACAUUCAGAUAGGAAGAAUAAAGGUCAGACAUUUGGGCAAGUUGGUGCCUGAUUAUCAUUAGUGUGGGAAUAUUUGUGAGUUAGACCUUGGAACAGAGCAGAUGGAAGGAUACCUCACAUAUCUUUCUUAGGCUGGCCACGCACUACACCGUCUUAAGCCUGACUUUUGGCCAGAUUUGCUCCUUACUGAGCUGGAGGACAGCUCUUAAACGAAAACAUCACUGUACUGUCACUGUUAUUUUGAUUUUGUUUUAACCAUAAUGCCCUUAAUGUUCAUUAUUCUGUUGAAUUCACAUUUGAUUUUUUUGAGAUAUGAGAUCUCCAUACAUAUGAGAUCUCAUAUGUAUGGAGUCUUCACUGUGAGAUCUUUCCCACCAGUGGUGUAGUGAUGUUUGUAGAAGUGGCUUUACUCUAAAUUUACAGACAGCAGGUAUGUGGUCUCACGGUCAGGCUGAGUUGUCUAGUGUAUGCAUUCAGAGCACUAGUUAGAUGAAAAAUCAGGUCUGGUGUCCGUGUUCUUCCAUGGUUAUAAAAUUGAUUAUGAUUUGAAAACUGUCUAAUGCAGUGGUUCUCCAGCAGCCUAGAGUCAGGACCCACCUUCACCUGCUUAUUGAGAAAUCACAACCCAAAUAUUUAACAUUUUUCAGUCAUAAGCAGGUGUUUUUAAUAAAGAAAGGGUAACUGGAUUUGAGCUGGAACUAAAGAUGCUGCAAAACAAGGAGAUCUCUUUCAAAAUAAUAGCACAUCAUUACCCAAUAUUUUUGCAUCCGCAACCCACUGAAAAUGGCUUUGUGACCCACCUUUGGGUCCAGACCCACUGAGGGUCUAGUGUGUGGCCAGACUAAGUGAACCAGGCCUUAUUUAGAGUCACAAAGAUGGCUUUCUUUGUCAAACCUUUUUCUGUUUAACUCUUUAUUAUCAAUAUAAAAAAAAGAAUGUAUCCUGAAGCUUUGCUUGUGUUCUUCCCUGAUUUUUAAUCAGGUAACGUGUGAAUGCACACAGACCUCUGUGUUUAUGAAAGGAUCUCUGUCGAGUCCAAACGUCUUUAUCUCAAUCAGAUUUUUGUCCAUUUUAAUUCCGUUAUUGUUGUUUUGUCUUUUGAAGGCAGCCAUGUUACAGACUGUUUUUCUACCUUUGUGUAGAGAGUUUUUGUCCUUUUGGGAAAAGCAUCAUCAAUGCAACCCUAAAUGUCCAUUUAUCUUUUCAUCAGAGUAUGAGCUGACAUACAGGAGUGAGGAGCUCAGCAGAAAUUCUUUAUAAUAGGUUGUUGCAUUUCGUUUCCACAUGUCAAAACACUAGAUGUUUUAUGCAAUUCCUUACAAAGUAAGUUUUGCAAGCAUCCUGAUGUUUAGAGUCAUGUUGAAGUGCUGCACUCAUUGCUAAUGAAAGCAAAUGUCUCAAUAUUAACAAACGAACAAUAUUAACAAGUUCUUUUUUAGAGAAGAGGCAGAUUUCUUUUAAUAAUACUCCUUUUAAUCAACCCAGAUACUUUGAAUGAAAAUUAUAUUUAAAAUGCAAAGAAGAAAUGUUUCUUAAACCUCAAAUGUUCCUAUUUUAACAAAUGUGAACCCUCUGACAAACAGCAGAAUAUAUAGUUCUUUUCUAUAGAUGUCAGAAUUUUUUACUUUGCUAAGUUAUGUACUUGAUUUUUAUCACAUCUAUUUAACCGAGAGACAGAGAGAGCGAGAAUUUAAACAGAUUUUCUUCCUGCUAAUCUCAUUCUGUAGAAGUUUUUUUCUAACAUAAUCGCUGUUAUCGUUUCCUCUAAUGUUAAGGGGGCCGCUUCUUGCUAUCAUUUCCUUUCUUCUGAUCUACCUCAGGAUUGUGUGAUGAGCUUUGAGUUUACACAGACUGCUUCAGAGUAUGAAGACUGUUCUUUAGUUGAGGUAAAGGUGUUGUGAAACAGCCUCAGAGAUGUUGAAAUCGUUGUUUCUAUUUAUAGCCAGUGAAGUGUGAAUGCACAGAGGUGAACCACACAAGUGUUCACGUACCACAGUAACAUUUUAUAUCACUGAAUGUUUGAGCCUUUACGAAUUAAGUUACUGAUUUAACUUUUCUGCACAUUUAUUCAGUUUCAGCACUUUAUUUUCAGCAAAACUCAUGUUUGUGAUUCUGUGACACGUUGCAUUCACUGUUUCUAGCCGUAAAUCUGUUUGUCAAUAAGGAAAAAAUUAGAUCUUUACUUGAAAUUGAAACAUGAUUGUUUCUGUGCCAAUCUAAAAUAAUUUCUAUAAUCUCUUGAGCCUCAAAGCGUUAGAAAUCCAUGAUAUUGUACUACAGCAGACAGACUUUACUAGUCAAUUGUCUUGAACUUAGAUGCCCAAAGAUGUCCAUAUUUCAGUACAAUUCUCCUGCUGCAACAGGAGGUAUUUUUUAUUUUUCACAACAUAUCAAACAUAAUUGUAGGUUUUUUAUAUUGUGUAUAUUUUUAUGAGAUGUUUAUAUGGAGUUGUUGGUUGAUAUGUGUGUGAUACAUCCACAGGAUUUUCUGCGUCCACCCCUUAACAGUCAGAAGAUAUUUGAUGUUGAAACUCCAGAUGUCUAAUGUUGCUGUGAACAUUUACUAUGUGCUAAUAAUUCAUGUUUUUUUUUUAGUUACAAAGAGCCGUUGAAAGGAAGUGCUACACUGCCACUAUUGCUCUCUGGUUCAUGCAUCAAAGCUGUGUUGUUGGUACUGAAAAUUUCAUUAAUGCAAAAACUGAAAAAAAAAAGAUUUUAAAAAAUAAUAAUAAUAAAGAAGAUUUUAUAAACGCAAAAAGGUUUUAUUAAUGCAAAAUAAUUUUCAUGCAAAAAAUGUAUUGAUGCAAAAAAGAUUUGAUAUGAUAAAAAUGAUUAAAGUAAAAAAAAGUAUAUAAAAUUAAAAAAACAAAAAUGCAGCUCACUGCAAAGUCUAUCUUUAACUUAUUAUCAGGCUGUUUUGUUGCUCUUCAUAUGUCUUAAGUCUUUUUAAGCUUUUCUACAGUGUUUUUAUGAAAAGGGUUUUAUAACUAAUGUGUUAUCAUUAUAUUUAUUUUUGAUUCUGCUUGAUUAAUCUGAAUAUUUUCAUUACCUUUUCCCCAGUAUCUCAAUGAAAUGUUCUUAUUAAGGUAAUUUAUGUGAAGAAACAAAAAGAUGUUUUUUUCAGUGCAUGUAUAAUGCAGUGAAAAAAUGUUCAUAUAAUGUGGCAAUAUUACAUGAGAGGGACUGAAGUUAAAACAGCCGGUGUGAGGGAACUCCUGGCUGAAGCAGGGUGAUCAGUCCUGUUGAUGGUCGACUGUGGCUCUGCAGAGUCGCUGUCUCUCAACCAGGGGUUUGAUCCCCAGCUCCUGUUGUCACAUGUUGAUGUGUCCUUGGGCAGUUAACACCAGAUUGCUCCCACUGCUGUGUUGGUGGUGUGUGAAUGUCUAUGGAUGUGUUUGAGUUUACAGUGAUUGCCUCUCUACAUAGCAGCCUUCACCAUCAGUGUGUGAAUGUGGAGUGAAUGGGUAAGCGCUUUGAGUAGUCAGAUGACUAGAAAGGCGCAGCACAAGCUAAAAUCCAUGUUUUUCUGCUGUAUAUUCACACAAUGCCUCUUGAGGAUACAGUCAGAAAAGUUGUAUGAUCAUAUUUUAAACAAUAGAAUCCCAUUUUUGAUUAAGGAAGACAUCAGAAAUCAAUAUUUAGAGGAAUAUAUCCAUGAUUUGAACAGCUUUCAUGCAUCAUUGUUGUUGGGUAAAUUAUCCUGGUGUGCAAAUUCAAGCAGCUCUGGUUGUUUGUCCAAUAGACAGGACUUCUUUCCAUAGAAUGGGUGUAGCUGCUGCUAAACUCAACACUGGAAUUAAAAUGGCUUGUGUGCAUGAAGAGAUGUUGAUUUAAGGGAAGUUUGCAGUGGUGGUGUCUACUGAAACAGUUUUUCUGCCAAAGUAUUCUGAACUCCUUCUUAAAACAUGCUCCUAUACAAAAAUAUCUAAUGUUAUUUUCAUUGCAUUUGUUUGAAAAAUACAAACAAAUAGAAUUUUUUAUUAGUUUUUAAUCAUUUUUAUUAUUAAAAACUUUUAUUAAUUUUUAUUAGUAUGUAAGUUAUUAACAGAGUGUGUUCAUGAUUGUUGAAUGAUUGGUAACAUUUUCACUUCUGUACAUACUGAAACUCUGAAAUGUUGACUUCUAUUUUUGUACCUGUGUAUCUGCUCAUGCAUUCUGUUCCUUUUUUACAUUAAUUUAAAUAAACCCACUUCCCUCCUGUG